UUGCUUACAUAAACAUUACUUUAUUACAAUCACAAGUGUUUUUUUGUGUAUAAAUUCCCACCUCCAACACCAUCAAAAACCUCUUCCUUCCUUCUCCCAUUUCAUCUCCUAUAUUUUCUUGAUUUUUAUUUUUCUCUCUCCUAGGUUUUCUCCUCUGAUUUUCUUGAUUAUAUACUAAUAUAUAUAUAAUCAAAUCCAUGCAAUAGUUUUCAUGUGUAAGAAUUCAUCAAUACUAUGAUUCAAAAGUAGUGAUAAUGUCACCUGUACUCAGUGAAAUACUCCUCUCCGGUUUUACAGUGAACUCAGCUCUUCGUCUCGGCUCUCACCUCGUUCAAUCCCUCUCCGUCGUCUUCCUCUAUUGGUUUUAUGUUUUUUCAUGAACAAAUUAUAAUCGAAAAUCCAUUUUUAUUCAUAUUUAUAUAUAUCUAAUUAAUCGUUAUUAUAUUAAUCAUUUGAACAUACACAUAUAUAUUUAUAAUUGCAUGGCUUCUCCUAGUACUAUUACCGGAAACUCAUCGGGAUCUGAUUUUCAAAGCUCUCAAGAAAACACGACCGACGUACGAAAACGCAAGCGCAUGCUCUCGAACAGAGAAUCCGCAAGGAGGUCGAGGAUGAGGAAGCAGAAGCACCUGGACGAUCUGAAAUCGCAGUUGACUAAUCUAAGGUCCGAGAAUCAUUCGAUCCUGACGAACAUGAAUCUUGUGGCUCAGCUUCAACUGAAUAUGGAAUCUGAGAACUCUGUUUUGAGGGCUCAGAUUUCUGAGCUGCACCACAGGCUGCAGUCUUUGAAUGAUAUUGUAAUGAUUAGCUGCAUGAGAUCAAAGGAAUCUACUCAUAAUAGUAAUGCAUUAAUUAAUGUUAAUGAGGAUUAUGGUGAUCAUAAUUAUCAGAUGGUGAUUAAUGGUGGUGGUGGGGUUGUUGAUGAUUUCUUGAUUCAUAAUCAUUGGGGUUUGGUCCAUGUGAACCAGCCAAUCAUGUACUGAUCAUAAUCAAGAUUCAUUAAUCCAUGGCCUACUUUUAUUCAAAUAUAUAUACAUAUAUGUAUAUGUAUAUGCAAGUAUUGGUUGUGUUUUGUAUUUCAAUAAAUAGAAAGUGGGAUGUAACAGUCUGGUCUGGUCUGGUCGAUGCUACACUAUAAUAUAUAUUAUUUUUGUGGCAUUUGGAUCAAAUUAAAACACACUAUGUGUGUGUUGUGUGUUGUAUUUCAAUAAAUUGAAAGUGGGAUGUAACGGUCUGGUCGAUGCUACACCUGAAUAUAUACUAGUGUAGUGUUUUUGACAUUUAGAUCAAAUUGAAG